AUGGAAGAACUAAUUUUCACCAUAUUUAAAAACGAAAAUGAAAUGGUAUCGGUGGCGAAAUUCCUUGCGGCACUGAGAUCAGCGGGCCUGAGAAAGAAAGAUCCAAGGCUGCGAAAAAUGCUACAGAACUUCCAGCGUGCCCACCAGGAGCGCCUUCGAGAGGAAACUAUCGACCCGUACAACUUGCUGAUCGACAAAACUACAUUCGUUUCAUGCAUCAGUGAAAACGUUGUACUUAUUAUCCGAGCAUUACGAAACGAAUUCAUCAUUUCUGAUUGGCCAGCUUUCUGCCGAGAACUGGAGCACAUAUUCAAUUUAUGCAAACCUCUGAACGAUGGAAAGGUAGCUGAUUACAUACCGCAACUAGCCAGGUUCAACCCGCAGUGCUGGGGCGCAGCAGUCUGUACGGUUGAUGGCCAGAGAGCAGCGUGGGGCGACUUCGCAAAUCCAUGGUGCCUUCAGUCCAUAAGCAAAGCAAUAACGUAUGGAAUAGCACUGGACCAACUUGGUGGUGAAGUAUUGCACAGAUAUGUUGGCCAAGAACCGUCCGGAAGACUGUUCAACGAAAUUUGUCUGGACCACAACAAUAAGCCGCACAAUCCAAUGAUAAAUGCUGGUGCCAUUGUCAUUUCCUCUUUAAUAAAACGCGAAAUGUCGCUGGCCGACCGCUUCGAUUUUCUGAUGAAGAAAUACCAGGAGAUCGCAGGACAGGAAUACAUCAGUUUCAGCAACGCAACGUUCUUGUCUGAGCGUGAAAGUGCCGAUCGAAACUUCGCACUCGCUUAUUACAUGAGGGAACACAAGUGUUUCCCCGAGAAAGUAAACAUACACGAAGUGCUGGAUUUGUAUUUCCAGUUAUGCUCGAUCGAGGCUACAUGUGAAUCUGCAUCUGUCAUGGCCGCAACGCUGGCCAACGGUGGCGUCUGUCCGAUUACCGGAGCGAAAGCUUUGCAUAACCGUUCUGUCAGAGAUGUUUUGUCGCUAAUGUACAGCUGUGGUAUGUAUGAUUACUCCGGCCAGUUUGCAUUCCAGGUUGGACUUCCGGCAAAGUCUGGAGUUAGCGGAGGAAUGAUACUCAUUGUGCCAAACGUAAUGGGGUUUGCCCUGUGGUCUCCACCGUUGGACCAAAUGGGAAAUACCGUGCGCGGCGUGCAAUUUACGAAAUACUUGGUAGAACGUUUCAACUUCCAUAAUUAUGACAGUCUCGUACACGGAGAUUUGGCCAAAUUGGAUCCUAGGAAAAAGUCUGCUGAAAACGCUGCUAUCAGUCUAAACAAAACACUCUACGCCGCAGCUAAAGGCGAUAUAGCUGUACUGAAACGAUAUCUCCUUCAAGGAUUUAGCAUGGAUGUCAGCGAUUACGAUGGAAGAACGCCCCUUCAUCUGGCAGCUUCAGAAGGGCACGUGGAAACGGUUGAGUUUCUUCUGAAUACAUGCCGCGUUGACCCACAGCCGCAUGACAGGUUAAAAACCAUUAAUUGCGCUUCAAAUAAACAUGUACUGAUUAACAGAUGUGCAUCAUUCUAA